CGCCCGGUCAGCCCCGAAGAGUUGCCCGGUGGCCGCGGCAGACGGAAGCCGAGCGAGAGCCUCGGCGGCGGCAGGAUGGGGGACUCCAAAGUGAAAGUGGCCGUCCGGAUCCGGCCCAUGAACCGAAGAGAAAUUGACUUGCAUACCAAAUGUGUGGUGGAUGUAGAUGCAAACAAGGUUAUUCUCAGUCCUGUAAAUACCAAUCUUUCCAAAGGAGAUGCCCGAAGCCAGCCAAAGGUAUUUGCAUACGAUCAUUGUUUCUGGUCUAUGGAUGAAUCUGUCAGAGAAAAGUAUGCAGGUCAAGAUGAUGUUUUCAAGUGCCUUGGGGAGAAUAUCCUUCAGAAUGCUUUUGAUGGCUACAAUGCAUGUAUCUUUGCCUAUGGACAGACUGGAUCUGGGAAAUCUUACACCAUGAUGGGCACAGCUGACCAACCUGGAUUAAUCCCAAGACUUUGCAGUGGACUCUUUGAACGAACCCAGAAAGAGGAAAACGAAGAGCAGAGUUUUAAAGUAGAAGUGUCCUAUAUGGAAAUUUACAAUGAAAAAGUUAGAGACCUUCUUGACCCCAAAGGAAGCCGUCAAACGUUAAGAGUCAGAGAGCACAGUGUGUUUGGACCCUAUGUCGAUGGACUUUCGAAACUGGCUGUCACGGGCUACAAGGAUAUUGAAUCUUUGAUGUCUGAAGGUAACAAAUCUCGUACAGUUGCUGCAACCAACAUGAAUGAGGAGAGCAGCCGAUCACAUGCAGUCUUCAAAAUCACCCUCACACACACUUUAUAUGAUGUGAAGUCCGGGACAUCUGGAGAGAAAGUGGGCAAGCUGAGCUUGGUUGAUUUAGCUGGCAGCGAGCGAGCGACGAAAACGGGAGCUGCAGGUGACAGGCUGAAGGAGGGCAGCAACAUCAACAAGUCCCUCACAACCCUCGGUCUGGUUAUCUCAGCCCUAGCAGAUCAGGGUGCUGGCAAAAACAAGAAUAAAUUUGUUCCAUAUCGUGACUCAGUUCUCACUUGGCUGCUCAAAGACAGUCUUGGGGGUAAUAGCAAGACAGCCAUGGUGGCUACCGUGAGUCCGGCCGCUGACAACUAUGACGAAACCCUUUCAACCCUGCGGUAUGCGGAUCGUGCCAAGAACAUCGUGAACCACGCUGUGGUGAAUGAGGAUCCCAACGCACGGAUUAUCCGGGAUCUCCGAGAAGAAGUAGAAAAACUCCGAGAGCAGCUAACCAAAGCAGAGGCACUGAAAUCUCCAGAGCUGAGAGACAGGCUGGAAGAGUCCGAGAAGCUAAUCCAGGAAAUGACGGUGACCUGGGAGGAGAAGUUGAGGAAAACCGAGGAGAUCGCCCAGGAGCGACAGAAACAGCUUGAGAGUCUUGGAAUAUCUCUUCAAUCUUCUGGAAUUAAGGUUGGGGAUGAUAAAUGUUUCCUCGUUAAUCUGAAUGCCGAUCCUGCUCUGAACGAACUUCUGGUUUACUACUUAAAGGAACAUACACUGAUAGGUUCAGCAAAUUCCCAAGAUAUCCAACUAUGUGGAAUGGGAAUUCUUCCUGAACAUUGUAUCAUAGACAUCACAUCAGAAGGCCAGGUUAUGCUGACUCCUCAAAAGAACACCAGAACAUUUGUAAAUGGCUCCUCUGUAUCCAGUCCUAUUCAGCUACACCAUGGGGACAGGAUAUUAUGGGGGAACAACCACUUCUUCAGACUUAAUUUGCCUAAAAAGAAAAAGAAAGCAGGUGGAGAAGCUGAGGAACAAGACACGUCCAUGAAGAAUGACACCAGUUCUGAGCAGCCGGACGUGGAUGGAGACUCGUCCAGCGAGGUGUCCAGUGAAAUCAGCUUCAAUUACGAGUACGCGCAGAUGGAGGUAACCAUGAAGGCGCUGGGCAGUAACGAUCCCAUGCAGUCAAUACUGAACAGCUUAGAACAACAGCACGAGGAAGAGAAGCGGUCGGCCUUGGAGCGCCAGAGGCUCAUGUACGAACAUGAACUGGAGCAGCUCCGGAGACGGCUGUCUCCUGAGAAGCAAAACUGUCGUAGUUCAGACAAGUUUUCCUUCCACUCACCCAGCGCUCAGCAGCGAUUGAGGCAGUGGGCGGAAGAGAGAGAAGCAACACUGAAUAACAGCCUGAUGAGGCUGAGGGAACAAAUCGUUAAGGCCAAUCUGUUGGUGAGAGAAGCUAGUUACAUUGCGGAAGAACUGGAUAAACGAACAGAGUAUAAAGUAACCCUACAGAUUCCAGCUUCCAGCCUCGAUGCCAACAGGAAGCGAGGCUCUCUCCUUAGUGAACCUGCCAUCCAGGUGAGAAGAAAAGGAAAAGGGAAGCAGAUUUGGUCUUUGGAAAAACUGGACAACAGGUUAUUGGAUAUGAGAGAUCUUUAUCAGGAGUGGAAGGAGUGUGAAGAAGAUACCCCAGUGAUACGGUCUUACUUCAAGCGUGCGGAUCCGUUCUAUGAUGAGCAGGAAAAUCACAGUCUCAUUGGGAUGGCUAAUGUCUUCCUGGAGUCCCUCUUCUAUGAUGUGAAGUUACAAUAUGCUGUUCCAAUCAUCAACCAGAAAGGAGAGGUGGCAGGCCGGCUGCACGUGGAGGUGAUGCGCAUUAGCGGUGACACCGGGGAGAGGAUUGCGGGGGGUGACGAUGCUGCUGCGGAUGCGUCCUUUGAUAAGGAGACCCAGGAGAACAACCUCGUGUGCAUGGUUAAAAUACUUCAAGCCACUGGCUUGCCACAGCAUCUGUCCCACUUUGUAUUCUGCAAAUACAACUUCUGGGAUCAACAGGAGCCAGUAAUUGUUGCACCCGAGGUGGAUACCUCAUCCUCUCCUGUCAGCAAGGAGCCUCAGUGCAUGGUUGUCUUUGAUCAUUGCAAUGAAUUUUCGGUUGGCAUCACUGAAGACUUUAUCGAGCAUCUUUCAGAAGGGGCUUUGGCAAUUGAAGUCUAUGGCCAUAAGAUGAAUGACCCUCGGAAAAACCCAACCCUGUGGGAUUUGGGGAUUAUCCAAGCAAAAACACGCAGUCUUCGGGACAGAUGGAGCGAAGUCACCAGGAAAGUGGAAUUCUGGGUUCAAAUCUUGGAACAGAAUGAGAAUGGUGAAUACUGCCCUGUAGAGGUAAUUCCUGCAAAGGACGUGCCAACAGGUGGAAUCUUCCAACUCCGGCAGGGGCAGUCCCGGCGAGUCCAAGUGGAAGUCAAGUCUGUGCAGGAAUCUGGGACUUUACCGCUGAUGGAAGAAUGUAUAUUGUCUGUUGGCAUUGGAUGUGUAAAAGUCAGGGCGCCGAGAUCGCCCAAGACUCACGAAACCAUCCAUGAGGAAGAGGAGGACAUGGACAGUUACCAGGAUCGGGAUUUAGAGAGACUACGUAGAAAAUGGCUAAAUGCGUUAACAAAGCGUCAGGAGUACUUAGAUCAACAACUGCAAAAGCUUGUCAGUAAACAUGAUAAAACAGAGGAUGACGCCGACCGCGAAGCUCAGCUCCUAGAGAUGAGGUUGACUCUGACUGAGGAGAGGAACGCGGUCAUGGUCCCCUCAGCUGGCAGCGGGAUACCAGGGGCCCCGGCAGAAUGGACGCCGGUUCCUGGGAUGGAAACACACAUUCCCGUUAUAUUCCUUGACUUAAAUGCUGAUGAUUUCAGCUCUCAGGAUAAUCUUGAUGACCCAGAAGCUGGUGGAUGGGACGCUACCCUGACUGGAGAAGAAGAGGACGAGUUCUUUGAACUGCAGAUUGUCAAACAGCAUGAGGGAGAGGUGAAAGCGGAAGCCUCCUGGGACUCUGCAGUGCACAACUGCCCUCAGCUGAGUAAAGGCACACCCGCGGAUGAGCGAGUGUUUCUCAUCGUGCGGGUGACCGUCCAGCUCAGCCAUCCGGCCGACAUGCAGUUGGUAUUACGCAAGCGCAUUUGUGUCAGUGUUCACGGCCGGCAGGGUUUUGCUCAGAGUCUCCUAAAAAAGAUGUCACAUCGAAGUUCUAUUCCAGGCUGUGGAGUGACCUUUGAAAUUGUCUCCAAUAUUCCAGAGGAUGCCCAGGGAGUAGAGGAACGAGAAGCAUUAGCAAGAAUGGCAGCUAAUGUUGAAAACACGGCUUCUGCUGACUCGGAGGCAUAUAUUGAGAAAUACCUCAGGAGUGUGCUGGCAGUGGAGAACCUUCUCACGUUAGAUCGUCUUCGCCAGGAAGUUGCAGUGAAGGAACAGUUGACAGGAAAAGGGAAGCUGAACAGGAGGAGUAUUAGCUCUCCAAAUGUGAACAGACUAUCUGGCAGCCGACAGGAUCUUAUUCCAUCCUACAGUCUAGGUAGCAACAAGGCCCGGUGGGAAAGUCAACAGGAUGUCUCGCAAACUGCCGUUUCUAGAGCAGCCACUCCGACUGCCCCAUCUCCCCCUGGUCGUCCCCAGAAUAACCAUUCUCCUGAUCCAGGAUUCAGUAACCUAGCAGCUUCCUACUUGAGUCCAGUAAGGUCCUUCGUGCCGCAGAUGCCGAAGCUGCUGAAGUCUCUCUUCCCCGUCCGCGACGAGAAAAGGGGCAAACAGCCAUCUCCCCUCACACAUCAGCCCGUGCCUCGAAUCAUGGUGCAGUCCGCCCUCCCGGAUGCCGGAGUGCCCAGGACGGUGGAGGACGAAAGUGCUCUUCUGGCCUCCAGCGAAGCUGCUCAGCGAGAGAGCGCGGGGCUGCACGUGGCCCCCGACGUGCCCGUGGCCUUGCCGGCCGCCCCCUCGCCCAAGACCUACGACGGGCCCCCGAGACCUGCGCCCACCUCCCCGGCCCCCGAGGGUGCGAACGGGCCGCCCAGCCCCCUGAGCGAGGCGUCCAGCGGCUACUUCUCGCACAGCGUCUCCACCGCCACCCUGUCGGACGCCUGCAGCCCCGGCCUGGAUGCCGCGGCGUCGCCCCCUCCCGGACCCAGCCCGGCCACCCUCGAGCCCGAGCCCCCGGCCGCGCCCAUCACGUCCUGCACCCCGCCCGGCCCGGCAGAGCGGAUGGCGCCGGGAGACGGCGCGGCCGCGGGCCCCGUCGGGGCUGCAGCGGUGAAGCGGGACGAGGCAGCAGGCCGCCCCGCGCAUGACCGGCAGGGCAGGAGUGACCCUGCCGCCGCCCCCCGGAAGCCGGAGAGCCCCCAGCCCCAGGCGAAGCCGGCCGCCGGCCCACGGCCCGACAUCUCCAGGCCGCCGCCGCCGCCUGCUGACCCCAGGUGCCAGCCGCCCGCUCCGGCCCCUCCCUUCAGGAUCCAGAAGGUGCGGACCUCGGAGCUGAAGUCAUUCACACGCAUGCUCGGAGGGGACCCCGGCGGCCCCCCGGAGAGCGAGGAGGACCCGCUGGCCUCAGGGGGCCCGGGCGUCGGCAGCGCUGGGGCAGAGGCCCCGGGAAAGCUGGAAGUCUCCUCGGAUUCUGAAGAAGCCAGUGAGGUCCCAGAGUGGCUCAGAGAGGGAGAAUAUGUGACCGUGGGCACCAACAAGACAGGCAUCGUGAGAUACGUGGGGCCCACUGACUUCCAGGAGGGCACGUGGGUCGGAGUGGAGCUAGACUUACCUUCAGGUAAGAACGACGGCUCUAUCGGCGGGAAGCAGUACUUCAAGUGCAACCCCGGUUACGGGCUGCUGGUGAGGCCGGGCCGCGUGCGCAGGGCGGCGUGCGCGGGGCGGCGGCGCAGCGCGGGGCUCCGGCCGCAAGGCGCCCCCGAGCCCCGCAGGAGCGGCGCGCUCUCUGGCUCCGCCACCAACCUGGCCUCGCUGACGGCGGCGCUGGCCAAGGCCGAGGGCGCGGCGGGGCGGGCCGAGCGCGCCCCCGGGAACCCGGAGAACCGCAAGUCCUGGGCCAGCUGAGCGGCGGGGUGGCCGCCUCCCGUCCUUCCUGGGCGGGCGACGGACAGAGGGCGCGGGGCCCCUCCGCGCCUUUGCGGGCACAGCCCUGGGCGGGCCCUCCAGCCCCUCUCCGUGGGGACAGGCCGGGAAUGCUUUCUGCACGUCGCGGGGCUGGUGACCUCUGCCUGUUUCUCCCUCUCCCCAGAGAGUGAGGCGGCGUGGCAGCCGGGCCGCGGGUGGAAGGUUCUAGGAGCCCAGCGUGGUCCCGGAUUGUGGAGAGCGGGGUUCCGCCGUCUUCCUGGGCCUGGGGCCGCCCCGACUGCGGCCGCUGUUGCUCUUUGUUCUGUG